AGUACAACUUACACACAUGUUAUGAAGAGUGCGGGAACAACAUGCAUCAUAUUUGAUGUUAUAUUCUUGGAAUCAAAGUAAGGUUAAGGAUGACCAUGUUGAUACCAUGUCACCAGAUAUAAGAUAAGCUGAAAACCAACCAACACCAGGAUCACCUGUCCAUGUCUAUUCUGUUCCUCUGGUAAAAAAGGUUGAAGUGCUAAGGGAGCGGUCAAGAAAUAAACCAGACAUUGUGAGAGAGAUGGAAGAUAGAAAAAAGAAAGAAGUUAAUGAUAUGUCACCAGCUGUUAGAGACAUUUACAACGAACUGCUGUCCCCAGAAUCACACCCAAAUGUCAGUUCACCACCUUUGUCCAAGAAAUUGAAAAUUCUUCAUGAGAAAACCAAGAGUGAACCAGACGGAGUACAAAGACAUGGUGUACAUGUAAACUCACAGAACCAGAAUCCACAAGAUGCUUUGUCCACACUUAAAGGACUUAUUGGACCAAGAAAGAAGACAGCGUUCAGAGCUUGCCAGUAGGUUGGAAGAAAUCAAGAAAGUGCCCAUUUUCGGAGUAGAGAGAUUCAAAUACUCGCCAUGUGACAUACAGUUUUACACUGGUUUGCCAGAUUACCUUACAUGUUUGGCACUUUGUGAUUUCCUACUCCCAGAAAAGCACAAGAUUAACUCAUUUUAUUACCAGCAAAAAGAGACAGACAGUACAUAUGUUAACAGGAACAGGGGAAGAGACCCAAAUUUAAGUGUCCAGGAGCAACUAUUUUUGGUUUUGUGUUGCCUUCGUCAGGGAUACAGAGAACAAGACCUAGCCCAUAGAUUCAACAUUUCACAAUCAUGUGUCAGUGUGAUUUUUAGUAAAUGGAUAAAACACAUGGGACAUGUUCUCACAACAUUGAAUAUAUGGGCUCCAAAAGAAACCAUCAACAAAAACAUGCCUCAAACUUUCAAAGACUUGAACUAUGGAAAUACUAGAUGUAUCGUGGAUUGCACAGAAAUAUUCCUGCAGCAACCCUCAUCAAAUUUGGUUUUGCAAACUGUUUUGUUCAGUUCAUAUAAAAACCACCACACGGCAAAAGCACUAGUAGCUAUAGCUCCCCACGGACCAGUGACAUUUGUGUCGGAUUUGUAUGCUGGAUCUGCAAGUGACUUUGAUAUUACCAAAGAUUGUGGAUUAUUGAAUUUGCUGGAACCUGGAGAUCAUGUGAUGGCAGAUAAGGGGUUUGAAAUCCAACCGUUGCUGGAUAAUCUCAGAGUCAGAGUUGACCAUCCACCUGUGUUAAGAGGUGUUCAGCAGAUGUCCGUUGAACAGGAAACCACAACAAGGCGCAUAGCUCGACUGAGAAUCCACGUGGAAAGGGCAAUAGAGCGCAUAAAAAUUAUCGGAUUCUUCAGGAAAGCUUCCAAUAUAAACAAUGGUGUUUAUUGAAUGACAUAUGGAAAAUUUGUACAAUUCUGACUAUUUAAGUUGAAGUUUAAGUCAGUUCUACAGUUUGCCACUUGUUUCGCUUUCGCUUUUUUCCCUAGUAACUUUAUUGCGGUGGAAGUUAUAUCCUGAUUUUAAAAGUUAUCUCAAGAAAAACAAUUUUAAUUUUUUUUUAAUGGUAUGCACAAAUCUCUUCUGAAGUCAUUCACAAACAUUUUAUCACUUGAUUUUCAGCAUUUCGCGUUUGCAUUGAUAAUCGUUUGCGUUUGCUUUUUUUUCAAAGCCUUUUGCGUUUUUAUUGCGUUUGUAGGAUCGUUAAACGCUUCAGAGUCUGUAAUACGGACGCAACCUUGGGUCCAAACCUCACCGUUUUCAUUGCCCUUUGAAUAACUUUCUCAAUUUUGAGUAUCUUAUCUUCAAAUUCGACAAUAUUUCGCAGCAAAUCUUCUUUGUUAUCGACCAGCUUUUCAAAAUAGCUAUCUUUAAAAAUAUUUGAUUUUGCACAACGCUGACGGAACACUUAAAAACAUGGAAAAAAUACAUUAUUGAGCCUGAUAAACUUUUUCACCUUAUCAAAUUUCUUGUAUAAAUUUCGCAUAAGGUUGCUCUUAGUCUCCCUCUCGAAGAUGAUUGUUCUUUGUUUUGGCUGUCCUCUUUAUUACUUCUCAAAAACGAUUUAGAAAGAUAUAAUGUAGAAGAUAUAGUGUGGAUAUUAAGAAUUGGCAAACGUUGAAAUUCAGUUUUCGAGAAGAAGACGAUGUUGUAUCAUAUUGAACGAAGUCCUGAUGAAUGUUUUCUAGUUUUACGGUCAACAAGUUGAUAUCAUUCUAUUUUCUAUUUGAAAUUAGAUGUGUUCUGUGCCUGUAAUUAUACCUGUUACCUUGUUCUCAUUUGGGAACGUGAUAUUACUUGGAAUGUUGGUAUUUGUUUUGUUGUUGUUUUUUUUAUAGUUCCAAAUUGUAUUUUCCAUGCUCUUGCACCUUUUCGACCUUAAUAUAUAAUCUAAGAAAAAGUCGAGUAUGUGGACUAUUUUGUAAUAUCGACAAUCCCUCCGUCCAAAUGUAAUGGAUUCCCAGUUUCUUGUAUAACUCUUUAUGUUAAAAAAGAUCAUUACUCAACGAAAGAAAAUAAUCAACAACAUACAAAAUUAUUCUAUUAAUAUCAUUUAUUUUAGCAAUCUCCGUGCUAAACAAGACUUCUGUAAAGGACAGAGUUUUUCGCAGUUUUUUGACUUCGCACUUGUUCACCGAUUGAUUAACCUUUCUUAACUAUGCAUUAUGAUACAUUUUUUUUAAAAUAUCGCAUAUAUAUUUUUGACUCAUACAUUCUUACACAUUUUCAUGCGUACGUGUUAUGAAAGUUAUGAAAAAACCUACACAAUCAUGUAAAAUAAAGGGUUUUCUCGUACAAUUUUCGUGUAGCUCGCACACUGUCUAUAUCAGUUGUUUCA